UCCACCAUAUCUAUCAACAACCUUGAUCUCUCCAAGACCUUCCAUCGUUCCGGGUUCCUGCGAAAUAUUCCUCCAAUCUUCAUAUUUAUCAAAAAUUUCCGCCUUUUUCAUCACUUUUGCGGAAGUAAUUUUUCCCUCAUAAAGCUAUGCUGCCAACACGUUUCCUCAUCAAUUUUGUCAUCGUAUCUUCAGUCACGCAUUCGGCCUCUUCCAACUCGGACUGCGUGGUGAACGAACUGCCGCGCGAGAAUGUAGCGCUCCUGGAGAAGAUGGUGCUCGAUGUGGUGCGUUCACCACAUCCACAUCCUCCUCCGAGCCUUGACUCCAUUACCACAUCCUUGCAAGAUUUGGCGUCGCAAGUCUCGGAGUUGGGUGGCGAGAUCAACGAAACUCUACGGACAUUUCUCUUGAGCUCCCGCAAUUCCAGCGUCAACAUAGUGUCUGAUGCUACGUCCAGCCACUCGGCUCGGAUUGUCAGGAAUCUGCGGAAUGUGACCGCCCAAACUCAGAAUAUUCUCGAUAUUAUCAUAGAAAAAGAAGUCAAUAACAUAAACGAUAUGAAGCAGAGUCUUCGGAAGAAGCGGGAUAACAAUGUGAAGCUUAUGGGUAUUUUGGAAGUAUUAAGAAAUUUCACGCAAGCAAGUAAUGAACAAAUUGAAACACAACGAAAUGGUAUGCUAAAUAAAUUGAUUUUAGAAUCUGCCGCAAAAUCUGUCAAACUUUCCGAAGCAAUACAAGAUUUAGCCGAUAAAAAUGGGGGACAAGGGAAUUCUACGCAUCUGCAGCAGGCAGGAUAUUUGAAGAAUUCCCUGCAGGUUUUGAACGAAGAAAUUCGCAAUCUUACGGCCGAAAACAUUCGUUUAAAGGCUUCAUUGGAAACUGAAACAUUCAGGCCCGUGGACUGCCACGACGUUUACAUGGCGGGCUACCGUACGUCAGGCGUCUAUACCAUCUUCCCGGCAGGACUUGGAAUGUCAUCGGGACAAGCGGCAGAAGACGGCCGGGUGCAAGUUUGGUGUUUUUUGGGGAGCGAACAAAAUUUGGAGGGAGCAGAGUCCCUGCAAGGCGGCUGGACGGUGAUCUUAAAGCGGGAUAAAGGAUCCUUCCCCGCGGAAAAUCUCGAAUCCGAUAAGAGGACAAAAGACGUCCGCUUUGCCAAGAAUUUUCCACCCUAUCAGACAACUGGCCAAAAUAGACACGUACUUUCCCUUAGAAGUAGAAAUGAUAGCUGGAAAAUUAAUAGUUCUUAUGAACGUGAGAGCGGAAACGUGAAUAACGGUACAGAUGUGAAAGGUGAUUACGAUACCAAGGUAAAAAAUGAGGAUAACAGCACAACGAAUAAAUUCUAUAGUUACUCGGGCAUUGCUAAUAACAAUGCGAGUAAAGAUAACAAUCCUGAUCAAUUAGAAAACAAUUGCAAUAACACUAAAGAAAGUUCAGGAGAUGCUGCGUGCGAGACCCACGGAAGAACAAACUUCACGCGGUCGUGGGAGGAUUACGUGACUGGGUUCGGAAGCCCUCAUCAUGAAUACUUUAUUGGCUUGGGAGCUUUGUACGCGAUGACGUCACUGGAGCGCUACUCGCUGACGCUGCUCGUCGCCUGGGAGGGCAAGAAGCCUGAGAUCAGCUGGGCGCACUGGGGCACAAUGCAGAUUAAAGGGCCCAACGAUAAGUAUCGUCUCAAAGUCCGAAAAUAUUCGCCUGUGAGCUCACUGCCAGACGUGCUCGCUGCUCAUCAUCGCCAACAGUUCUCAACGUACGACAACGACCACGAUUCGUCAGAAAAAAAUUGCGCCAAGAUGUACGGAGGCGGCUGGUGGUUCGGCAGUUGUUAUGAUAUUCAUCCCACUGGAGGCUGGCACGAAAGUGCCGAAUCAUUCCGUGGAGUAAUGGUUGGCAGAUGGCGUCCGAUCACCGAGAUUGAUUCAUGGAAGCGAAGAAAAAGAAGAAUUUCGCCAGUUAAUUAUUUAAUUUUGAUGGUGAAACCAGAAAUUUGUGACGGGUCUUAGGUAUCGAGGCGGUCUAGAAAUAUUUUCCUAUGUGCACUCGAAAUUUAUCUUGUAUAGACGGACCUUUUUGACGAGUUGCCCGAGUGGAACAGCGUGUUUAGGAUUUGAAACUGUAAAAAUUCUGGUAAAAAUCGGUGAGGUGACGCGUGACAAAUUAAGUUGCGGGUUCGAGGCCCAGCUAGGUGUUAAAAUUAUUUAACAAAAAUAUUAAAAAAGAAGUCUGCCUCCCAAAACGAAGUGUCUUGAAUGGCGGCACCUCUUUAUUAUAUUAUUUAUAUUGUCAGAGUUUUUUCACUAAAUUUAAGCAUACAAAACUUCCAUUGAAGUUGGCUUAGCUCAUAAAUCAUAGGAAGUUAUUACAAAAAGAAUGUUUCUCAAUACGCGUAUUGUGACCAGUUCAACUGGUCACAAUACCAUUUCAACAAGUAUUGUGCUCCCCUCAGGGGGG